AACCCAGAAACGCGUCCAAAGUUUUUACAAGAGAUGCGCCAUUCGCUGAUGGAGAUUGGUACGUUUUACAUUAAGGAUCAUGGCAUCUCGAUCGAAGUGACUACAGAUGCCAUGAAGACUGUCCAAGAGUACUUUGCUCUGCCACUGGAGGAGAAGAAGAAGAUGCUGAUUGUUAACAGUAGACACUUCCGUGGAUACAAAGUGAUGGGAGAAGAAUUUACCAACAACCAGCUUGACCAUCGUGAACAGCUACAGUUCGGUCCUGAACAAGACCCUAUCACAACCUUCCAACCGUCCAUCUCUCCAGAUUUCCAUGGUCUUCAAGGCCCCAAUCAAUGGCCGACUUCAACCCUGGCUCUUGUACCUAGAUUCCAACCUUGUAUCCUUGAUUUCAUGCGUCAGCUAGAGCAAUUGUCUCAACAGUUGAUGGAAGCCGUGGCAUUGUCCCUUGGGUUAUCUGGUUCUUAUUUUCGAGAUCUGUUCGGCAAGACGCCUUAUUACCGACUAAAAUGCGCCCGCUAUCCUUCAGUUAAAAAGUCUGCCAAUGCGACCAUAGGAUGUGGUGCUCAUAAAGAUACAGGGUUCUUGACAGUCUUAUUACAAGACAUGGUAGGUGGACUUCAAGGUCAGGAUCCCAAGACGGGUCAAUGGAUGGAGACUAGACCCAUUCCAGAGACUUUCAUUGUGACGAUGGGAGAGGCUAUUGAAAAGCUGACUGGAGGGUUGUAUCAUGCAACAGUGCAUCGAGUUUUGAAUAACACUUCUGGACAAGAUCGAUAUAGUAUUCCAUUCUUUUUUGAUCCAUCCUUGGAUGCACAGAUCCCUUCAAAAAUC